UGUGGCGUGUUGCAGUGGCUCAACGCGGAUUACCCUGAGUAAAUGAGUUCGACUCUCACAUUGAAUCCCCGAGUAAGUCCCGGGUUUGAGAGAGGAUCGUCGAUCGCAGAUCGAUUCUCGCUUUUAUUCGCUCGAGGUUGAUAUUGGUCCGUAGCAGACGAUGCGCUCUUCGAGCCGCGCUCAGAUGGGAGUGUUUGUGCUGGCAAGCCAGCGAAGGUAGCCACGGACAUUGUCGCCGCUGCAGACAAAUCAGCGGUUUCAGCAUCAUGAGCUUCGUACAGAACGAGCUCUUGACGUAAUUCAGCGAAAAUCGUUCCUCAGUACACAGAUGGGCUUGCGAGCUCCUUUUACGGAGACGAUUAACGGUUUGCUUAGCUGGAUUCCCGCUCCAUCGACGUCCGCGCCUUGACUCCGAUCAAAUCCGAAGUUGUUUACCUUCCGACUGCUCGCGUGCGUGGGAAAAUGUGCAGGAAUUUAACUCACGGACUCGGUCUAGAAAGGUGAAGCGUGUGUACGAUUCAGGAGGAGUCCGUCCACCAUGGAUCCAAAUCUAGACUCGAAGCAGCGGUACGUCGAGCUGAAAAAACGAAUGAAAUAUCUCUUGCACGAGAAUGAAAGCUAUAAACAAGAGAUAGCCAAAGUCAACGAGCGGCUGUUGAACGUGAGCAAAGAUAAGGCUUUCCUAUUGGAACAGCUCCUCCAAUUCGAAGAUAACGAUUCGUCUACGGAAUCCGAGCUCUCUGACUCCGAUCAUGAUCGUAAGUUGCCCGAGCCUCCGAAAAAGAAACCCCGUCAACGGAAGCCGAAGGCUCCGGCAGCCGCUCCAUCGAGCGGUCCGAACUCUUGGAGCAAUUCACCGAAAAGUCACAAUCGCACAACGACAGCGAACCCCUCGACGACAAAUCAGGGCGGCCACGGUGGGCCGAGUCAUUCCAAAACAUCGUCCAAGACGGGAGCUGCUGGGGGACAGACGAAGCGCCGGAGUAAACAUGAAAAUCAAGCUCGCAACAAAAACGCGGCGGGACCUCAACCGACGCAGAUUGCGAGUGCAUCGAUGAGCAGAGUAUCCGGGGGCGGACCUUCGAUCGGGAACCAUACCGGCAAUCCUUCCUCGUCUGGACCGGUGUCGUCAUCGAUACUCAACCGCAACACUCUGACCGCUGAGGAAGUUGAACGUCAUCUCCAGGCUAAAAGUGGUCCUAGGCUGCCGAUGCCGCAACCCACGUCACUGACCCUUCCGGCAGAAUUGUUCAACGACGAUGCGUUUAUGACAGAUCUCGGCUCAGAUCGUGGCAAUGUUUGAACGUCACCGAUGACGUGAGAAUGUGUCAAGUUGUGAGCAUGUCGAAUCUUUGUGCAAACAUUGGCGCUUGUCUAUAGCACUGUAAAUAAAAAAUAUUGUAUCCAUCAACA